GCGCGCAAUCGUACAUGGCCGACGAGGCCAAGUCGUCCAAGAGGGGACGGCUGAUGGGCAAGCUGUUUGGCGGCAAGGAACGCAAGCUGGAGGAGAGCAGCAGCAAUGCUUCCAACCUCGACGCCUUCCUGAGCUCGGCCGACACCCUCAACGUUACACAUCCUCCUCCACCGCUGCCUCCCACCGUCGCCCUGCCGAAGCUCGACACCAGCAUCUCCCGCUUUCCCCAGGCGCUGGCCGUCAACCAGCAGGCCCAGCAGAACCGUCCUCUCGCCCCAGGCGCUGGCGUCGAAGUGCGAUCCCCAAAGCGAAGCCCACGACCGAGCCGCAAGGGCCUCUCCGUCAGGUUCACGGAGACGUUCCCCGACGUCAUCGGCGAGGGCGGUGACGAGUGUGAGAACCCUACCAUGGAGGUGUCGAGGCAAAAGGGCCAGCAGCAGUCGUCUCCUCCUCCUCAGAGCCGACCAAAACCCCCCGCCAGCAAGCCCUCUUACUCGAACAGCGACAUCUCAUCGGCACAGGAUGAUUUCAUACCUAAACCCAUAUCCCGAGUUCAGACGACAAAUUCGUCGCUUGGGGUGGACCGCCAGAACUCGCUGGACCCUGGGAGGAACCUCUCACCAGGAGGACUCUCUCCAGGUGGAUUCUUGGGGGCUCCAGGAGGUAGAAAUGAUGAAAAUAGAAAAUCCUUUAUUGAAGUUCAAAACGCGCAGAUGGCACUGGCCGAAGGAAGAGCCUUUGCCAAAGCUGUUCGCACCGCCAGUGCGGCCUCUGAGCACGACUGGGGCGAGAAGAAGCUGCCUCCAUCCCGCGAGCUGAACGAUUCGCCAGAACCUACAUCCCCCGAAGUCCAAAUGAAGCCCACCGAUUACAGCCCUGUUACCUCCAUGUCUACAACCUCCAGCGCACACGCUUCGCCAAACAAUCCAAACCCGCCAAGGCAGAUGCCACGACGCCCCAGCGGCACGCAGAAUGAGCCCGCAUCGCGUCCUCCGCCGUCCAUGGCCUCGAGAGCUCUUUCGGUGCGAGUUACCGACGCAGCGGCCGCCAGUGAGGCUCUCAGGAUUUUUAUUGCCCGAAGCAGGCACCUAUUUGCACUAUUUCGACUACAUGCCGAGCAAGUUCGGCCACUGGGGUCCUGCACUCAGUCACAACUGGCGCGGGGUAGCUUAUGGUGGUUUUUGAAGGGCAGAAUGGGUCUGGAGGCGGCUAUACGAGAUCGCCCAACGACCCCCCAGUCACAGAUGCAGCUUGACCUUGACCGACAACAGGCGCACUCCAACUUGGCCAAAUCAUACUGGCUUUGCCAGGAGGUGCUUCCCAAUAUUGUCGAGUCACAAGGCCAAGCCCCAGACCCCGAGGUUGCUGAUGUGGCCAAGAAUCUCGUCACUGCCUUGACGAAACUGGCAAUCUCGAUGAAGCGGAACGAAAUCCUGCCUCCAGAAGAUGCGGUACUGCCGCAAACCAUCGACAAGUCCAUCUGGGUGGAAUACCCCCCUCUCAGCCAGGAUCUGGUGGCUUUGAUGACGGGCAACUGGGGCGGCGGCCUCACCGCGAUGCAGCACCCUAUGAAUUAUCUGGAGCUACUGGACGCAUUCCCCGUAGGUGAUACGACAGAGACGUUUUGCUAUGGGAGAAUGUCGGCGGAUGUGUUCUUGAUGGAGCAAGGCAGAGAGAACAAGCAGCUACGCUUCCCCUGCAUGGUUUCCUUGGUGCGACCCAGCAGGCAGAAUGGACUCAUCUUUGUGGUAUCUAGCCAAGAUGGCAAUAUCCAGCUACCUAUCCAAGACCGAAGCAAAGGAACCGGGCCAUCGUGGGAAGAUAUCCGCUGGAGGCCUGAGACUUCUUCCUUUGAUCUGCGCCUGCCGCGUGGCUUCAAGCUGGCCUUGCACUUAUCCCAGAGUGAUUACAAGAUGCUUUACAACAUGUACGACUACGCCACGAAGCUCCAGGCGACUCUCCAGCCUCGGCCAGACGAACAAGUUGUGUUUCGAAACACCCUCCGAUCGUUUCAGUACCUGGAUGCGGAUCCCAACUCCCGUGCUUUCCCCAAGGAAUCGAUACCUUCUUGCGAUUUAGCCCUCUUUGAAAAACUCCGAAAAGAGAACGGCCCUCAGGGCCAACGGACCUGGCACACCGGGUUCCGCAUUGCAAUUGUCACAGGACCAAAGACGAGGACGGCUUGUGGAGUGUCUCACUCCUAUCCUCCCCCGCUGCCUGUGCAGUUUGGAUUCUUCAGGGCUGAGGGAGACUUGCCUGCCUUUUCGGUCAAAUUUGAAAAUGGCCGGCAAAAGGGACGCAUGGUCAUGGUGUUUGGUGACGAAAAGGAGCGGAAUCGCUUCCACUCUUUACUCACGGGUACAUCUGUAGAGCCCGGCGAGAAAGUGUUCGCCGAUGUGCCAAUUGCCGGCGUCACCAUUGCCCAAAGCCUUCGCGAGCCGCUUGGCAUGUCGCCAUUCAGCCGACUGCAGUGGAAAGCAGGCAGAGUCGUGAAUGACGAGUACGGCUCUGAGGGAGAGGAGGCCCCUACGGUACUCGCAGACAGACUGAGGAUUGUUCUGGAGCAUCAGUAUGGCACGAUUACGGACAGAAUCAAUGUUGAGCCUGGCGAAUUACGCAUGCGCUUGGAGGUUAGCAACGCUAGAGUGCUUAAGCUGCUUCGCCAACCCCAGGCGGAUAUGACUAUUGCCAUUGCAGAAUCGCAAGUGGGCAAGGACGUGCCGAGGAACAUGUGGGACUCGCUGCAGCUUAUCAAGAUGAACCAGACGAUACGAUCAAUCGAAUUCAACAACCUCAAGGACCUCCAUGCCUUCCAGUACGCAGUCUUUGGCUUUGAAGUCAUUUUUGAUUCGCUGGCAGUGACCUUUGCCAUUGCGCGACGCCGCAUGGUUGUGCCCAUCCACAAGAAGUGGGAGGCAGGAUACACCAGAAUCCAGGUCAUCAAGCAAGAGGACAAGCAGCUGCAGCUGUUGGCAUUUUUCGAAGAGUUUAGCCAUGGACAUUGUAUGAAUUUUGUGUUGAAGCAAACAGAUCUGUACGAGGCCUUCCACAGGAGCGGCAAAUCAGGCAUCAGGUUUAUUGAUGCCAAGUUUCCUCUCCCGCGGCUGCCGGCCGACAAGGAUGGGGAUUAUGAUGAUAUGGCCUUUGUUUGCCUGGAUCUACCGGACUUGCCGGGUGAGCAUGACGAUAUAUCGAUCAUGUUUGAAAACGAAGAAGACCGAGAUCGCCUUGCGCAGUGUCUUCCAGCCCCUAUAAAGGGCUCCUCGAGAAUAUCACGAGUGAAAUGAGUGGAUAGCGCCUACGAGGAUACGUAGAAUGUCAACUUGUACGAAACUGGCGACGGCAUGCGCACAUGAACAAUGGUCACGCUGCGUUCCGCAAACGCGUUGUCAAAAGAGCUGCAACAUAGCAAGCAAUAUGCAUCCUGCUUUCUAGCGUGCCGGAGUUUUUGGAGUAGACUACUAGUAUUAGUAUCAUGGGAUAUCAAAAGCAACGAAAGAUCGGGUUCAAGGAGAAGAGAAGAGAGGAGAAGAGCCAAGAGGAAGUUGGAAAUGGAUAUGUGGGGGAGCGAGCCAAAUGAUCAGGCUAUCUACCAGUAUGAGAGAGCAGCACAUGCAUCUACGGAGGCAUACUAUAUGAAUACCCAAGAAGAGAAAAUAUGAAGAGCAGGAGCAUGACCCUGAUAUGAAGAACAGCGUCAGAUUUAGCGAUUGAUGUAAUUUUUUUUUUCUCUUUUCUUUUUGUUGCAAGCAUUGGCUGAGGGAGACAGAGUAAUUUGGAAAAACUAUGUUCUCUAAACCGGGCCGACCAAACGCAGUUAUAUAAUCAACAUGAAGAUUCUGGUGUGUGUAUACCUGGACUGUUAAGUUUCUCUUGUUAUCUUCUUUAUUGUUUCUAGAACCCAGAACCACAGGUGCCUUUCGGACGAGGGAGGAUGGCUAGAUUAAUUGGACCGAUUGAUGUAUAAAUUGACAAGGUGACGCCUCAACUCUUGGUAUUGUGACAAAGUCAGAUCCGGGCAUGGGAAGAUGGCGCCACGCACCAACUUGGUCAAUUGACGCUCCCGUCAGCCGGAGACAUUCAAGAUGCAAGAAAAAAAGCCAUAAGUAAUCCCUCGGGUCAACAUAAAGGAACCGGCGGUGGCAAGUUGCUUAACGGGCUCCUUUGGCCUAUACCUCGGGAGCGGCGGGAUACUAAUAAGGGGGCUGAUUUUCUUGUUUUUGAACCGGGAGAGUAGUAGGUCGCGUGGACGCCCAUCUUUUUAUGUAUGAUUAUUUUUUCCUUGUGUAGGAUCUAUCAUUCUAUGCAGGCCUAUCUCUCUCUUUCUUAGCAAAUUGAAAUGGCCGGAGUUUAUAUCGACUCCGAGGAGCGUGGGCUGGUGACCCCCGCGCGGCUUCGGGGAGAGUUCCGGCAACCGAAUGAAUUACUGCGAUGGGAUAAACUGGGUUUUCUGGACAUGGGGGAAAAAAGGGAUUUUUUUGUUGGGGAAGGAUGGCCCUGGCUUUAACCUUUUAUUAUAACUAUUAGUAUAGCUAUUAUAGCUAGGUACCUGGGUAUUAUUGCUUGUUC